UGCUUUUGCUCGAACGGACCAAUGAGAUUCUUCAUAGCGCGAAUUUAAAGGUCUGUUUCAGACUUCCGCCGCCACACUCCUUUGGUUGGGAAGAAAGGUUGCGAUAUACUGGGAUUAAUCAAACCUCAUCAAAAUGUCUGCCGCCAAUGAGAACAGUCCACGACUCACUCAGUUCAAAAACAAAGGAAGAGACGCAACCGAGCUGAGACGUCGCAGGGUCGAAGUCAAUGUUGAACUUCGCAAAGCAAAGAAAGACGAGCAGAUUUUGAAAAGGAGAAACGUGAGCAGUCUACCGGACGAGGCCACCUCUCCUCUUCAAGAGAAAAGCCAGAACGGUCAGGCUCUGCACUGGACGGUGGAGGAGAUUGUAAAUGGUGUGAACAGUAAUAACUUGGAGACUCAGGUCCAGGCCACCCAAGCUGCCAGGAAGUUGCUGUCAAGAGAGAGGCAUCCACCUAUUGACCGUAUCAUCAGCGCUGGUCUGAUUUCCAAGUUCGUGAGCUUCCUGAGCUUAACCGAGUCUCCUCCCAUACAGUUUGAGGCAGCCUGGGCUCUGACUAACAUUGCAUCUGGGACAUCUGACCAGACCAGUGCUGUGGUUGAGGGAGGGGCUGUUCCAGCGUUCAUCAGCCUCAUCUCUUCACCGCACGCUCAUAUUAGCGAGCAGGCUAUCUGGGCCCUUGGAAACAUUGCUGGUGAUGGCUCUGCAUACAGAGAUCAAGUCAUUAAACAUGGUGCGGUUGCCCCCCUCUUAGCUCUGCUGGCUGUUCCUGAUUUCUCAGUAUUUCCUUCUGGUUACCUGAGAAACGUCACCUGGACCCUGUCAAACCUGUGCCGCAAUAAGAACCCUGCACCUCCUCUGGAUGCCGUGAAACAGAUGCUGCCAACACUUCUCCGCCUUCUGCAUCAUGAAGAUAAGGAGGUGCUAGCGGACACCUGCUGGGCCAUCUCAUACCUGACCGAUGGGCCCAAUGAAAGGAUCGAGGUUGUGGUGGAAAUUGGUGUGGUUCCUCGACUGGUGCAGCUGCUGGGAUCAGGGGAGCUCUCCAUUGUGACCCCUUCACUGCGUUCCAUUGGUAACAUCGUCACUGGUACAGAUGAACAGACCCAGGUGGUGCUCAACGCUGGCGCUCUUUCCAUGUUCCCAGCUCUGCUGCGCCGCCAUAAAAACAACAUUCAAAAGGAGGCGUCCUGGACCCUGUCCAACAUCACGGCUGGCAGGGACUAUCAGAUUCAGGAGGUCAUCAAUGCUGGCAUUGUGCCUUACCUGGUGGAAGUUCUCAGACGGGGUGACUACAAGACCCAGAAGGAGGCUGUUUGGGCAGUGACCAACUACACCAGUGGAGGCACAGUAGAUCAAGUGGUUUACCUUGUUCAGGCCAACGUACUAGAACCCUUGUUGAACCUGCUCUCCACUAAGGACAGCAAAACUAUUCUUGUCAUCUUGGAUGCAAUCACCAAUAUCUUUUUGGCUGGUGAAAAGAUUGGUGAGGUCGAAAAGCUGGCCCUGAUGAUUGAGGAAUGUGGCGGCCUGGACAAAAUAGAAGCUUUGCAGUCCCACGAAAAUGAAAUGGUCUACAAGGCCUCCCUCAACCUCAUUGAAAAGUACUUCUCUGGAGAGGAGGAAGAGGACGAAUGCGUUGCCCCCGAAGAGACAACCGAUGGCUAUGCGUUCCAAAUCAAUGAAAACCCAAGCACUUUCAACUUCUAAAUAUCUAAACCGUGGUAUUUUUGUAUGAUUGUUCUGAACAUUUCUGCCAACCGCUUGUCUUGUUCAUGUUUGUCUUUGUGAGGACCUCAUGUUCUGACUUGUACAUACAAAUCUGUUUCAAUUUUAUUUGUUGUAAAUAAAAAUGGAAAAGAA